AUGCGCAUGCGGGUAAGAGUCCUUAGUCCGAAGGUAGUAGAGAGGUCUCCUGUGAAGGUUGGAGACAUAGUGCUAGUUCAUGACGAGAACCAUCCGCGGAGUUUCUGGAGAAUCGGUAGAAUAAAGGAGCUUGUCAACAGCGCAGAAGGUGAUAGAAAAUCGAGAGGUGCUGCAGUACGAGUCAUGAGCAAGAAAGGCAGUGUGACUACAUUAAGGCGCCCAUUACAACUGCUGUAUCCUAUGGAAAUAAACUGCAAACUUGCAAGGGACGUAAUACAAUCGGGGCAAGAGGACCGUGCUCAGGAGCCAACGGAGACUGCAAGACCAAGAAGAAAGGCAGCUAUGGCAGGUGAACUGUUAACAAGACAGUGGAUUGAGGACUUGAACAAGAGUUAG